UGUGGGAUUCCUUCUCUCUGUUGUGUUGUAGACUCCCCCUCCGCAACCCUCCUCCUCCUCUCCACCACUCCAGUUAACCUCUCUCCACCUCCCACAGACUGCCCUGCACUCGGUGACAGGCAGACCGAGCUUGGAUCAACUCAGACCAAUAGUUUUUCCUCUUAGAUAUGCUUGAACUCUAGGGUCCUCUUUUAUCAUGUUCUCCAAGAAACUGAUCUGCUGUCAGUUUUAAAUCAGCUUGGCUUUGUGCUCUCUUUCUGCUGCAACCUCCGGAAAUCUGAUCUGGAAACAGCUGUUUUCUCCCACGUUAUUCCCCCCGUAGGGGAUUCAGAGGAUAUCUGAGACCACAGCGUAUGGUCUUGCGCCACCAAGCCGGGCACUAUGGUUGAAAGUAUGGACUUUGAAAAGGAGGAGAAGCGCUACUACAUCCGCGGAAAGCAUGUGGCCCUCAUCUGUGCAGUGGUGGUGGUGUCGGCCAUAGCUGUGGGGCUGGGGGUGGGCCUCACGCAGCCGGACAGUACCCUGGCUGACCCGGUCCCCACAGAGGAACCCCCCAAGCCCAGCCCCAACCCCACCCCCACCCUCACACCAGCAGACAGGGGGCCCUGCAAGCCCUCCAACAACACUGAUGGGGACUGGAAGAAUUUCCGGCUGCCAGACUACGUGAAGCCAGUGCAUUAUGACCUCCAUCUGGAGCCUGACCUGACCACUGACCUCUACACAGGGAGCGUGUCCGUGCACCUGGAGGUGAGACGACCCACGAGGCACCUGUGGCUCCACAUCCGGGAGACGUUCAUCAGCGCAGUCCCCAGGCUCGUCCUGAAAACCCCACAGACUCAGAGGGACGUCACUGUGGCCAUCAAGGGUUGCUUUGAGUUCAAACCACAGGAGUAUGUGGUAGUGGAGGCGGCGGAGGAGCUUGUGGCCACCAAGCUCAAUGAGGUGUACGUUCUCAGCCUGGACUUCCAGGGCUGGCUCAAUGGAUCUCUGGUGGGCUUCUACAGAGUCACCUACACAGAGAAUGGGGCCAUCAAAAAAAUUGCUGCCACCGACCAUGAGCCAACAGACGCCCGCAAAUCUUUCCCCUGUUUUGAUGAGCCGAACAAAAAGGCCACCUACAAUAUUUCCAUCACCCACGACAAGGACUAUGAAGCCCUCGCCAAUAUGCCAAUGGAGGGCGUCCCAGAAACGCUUCCUGGCAAUAAGAUCAAAACGUCCUUCCAGAGGUCCGUUCCAAUGAGUACCUAUUUGGUAUGUUUUGCUGUGCACCAGUUUAUGUUUGUGGAAAGGAACUCGUCUCGAGGAAUUCCUUUGCGAAUCUAUGCACAGCCUGCACAAAUCAAGACAGCAGAGUAUGCUGCUGACACGACCAAGGUCAUUUUUGACUACUUUGAGGAAUAUUUCAACAUGAAUUACUCCAUCCCAAAGCUAGAUAAGAUUGCCAUCCCUGACUUUGGCACGGGGGCCAUGGAGAACUGGGGUCUGAUCACCUACAGGGAGGCCAACCUCCUCUAUGAUGAGAACCAGUCGUCAUCGUACAACAAACAACGUGUGGCUAGCGUCAUCGCUCACGAGCUGGUCCACCAGUGGUUUGGGAACAUUGUGACCAUGGAUUGGUGGGAUGACCUUUGGCUAAAUGAGGGCUUUGCCAGUUUCUUUGAGUACAUCGGUGUAGAGAAGGCUGAGCCGCUCUGGGGAAUGCGUGACAUCAUGAUCAUCAGUGAUGUACUUCCUGUCAUGGUGGACGACGCCCUGGUCACCUCCCAUCCAAUCAUUGUGGAUGUGUCAACUCCGGCUGAGAUUACCUCUGUGUUUGAUGGUAUAUCCUACAACAAGGGGGCAUCAAUUCUCAGGAUGGUGGAGGACUGGUUGGGUCGAGACAACUUCAGAGAUGGCUGUCGGAAAUACUUGAAAGAUUUCCAUUUUCAGAAUGCCAAAACAGCCAACUUCUGGGCAUCCCUUGCUAACGUGAGUGGGUUGCCCGUGGCAGAUGUGAUGGACACAUGGACCAAACAGAUGGGCUACCCAGUACUGGACCUGUCUACCGCCGGUGCUCAGACCAAACUCACCCAGCGCAGAUUCCUGUUGGACCCCAAUGCUAACACCACCCAGCCACCCUCACCACUCAGCUACAAGUGGACCAUCCCUGUUAAGUGGCACUCAGUGGAUAGUAAUAAGAAUAUGUCCAUCAUGUUCAACAAGUCUAGUCCAGAGCAAGUCUUAGCUGACUAUUUCCCUGCUACGGAUGGACUCCUGAAGAUCAAUAACGACCAUAUCGGAUUCUACAGAGUCAAUCACCAUGACAGCAUGUGGAGCACCAUUAGUCAACAGCUCCAAACAAAUCACCGGGAGUUUGACGCUGCUGACCGAUGCGGUUACAUAGAUGAUGUCUUUGCUCUGGGAAGGGCAGACAUUGUCGAUUAUGGAAAUGCAUUCAACCUGACAAAAUACCUGACCAAUGAGACUGAGUACAUCGUCUGGGAACGGGUGUCUUCUUCCAUUGCCUAUGUGCGAGACAUGUUAUCUGACGACACUGUUCUUUACCCCAAAUUCCAGAAAUUAUUCCGUGAGCAUGUGCAGACUAUCUGCAGGCAGCUCGGAUGGGACGACGAGGGAAGCCAGAGAGAUAGGCUGUUGCGUGAGACAGUCCUGGGAAUUGCUUGUCAAAUGGGUGACCAGGAAGUGCUAAAUGAGGCAUCUGUUUUAUUUGACCAAUGGAUCUCAGGAAACAUCAGCAGUGUGGGGGUGAACCUGCGCCUGUUGGUGUAUCGCUAUGGCAUGAGGAACUCAGGCACUGAGACGAAGUGGAACUUAAUGUUUGAGAGGUACAAAACAGAGACCUUGGCCCAAGAGAAGGACAAGCUCCUGUAUGGAUUGGCAUCUGUGGAGAACAUCACUCUUCUGUUCAACUUACUGGAGGCGUCCAAAGAUGAGAGUAUUGUGAGGACUCAGGAUCUGUUCACUGUGGUCCAAUAUGUCUCUCUGAAUCGCUACGGCAAGACCAUGGCCUGGGACUGGGUCACCCUCAACUGGGACUACCUAGUGAACAGAUACACCAUCAAUGACAGGAGCCUGGGGCGCCUGCUGACCAGAAUCAGCACCACCUACAAUACAGAGCUACAGCUGUGGCAGAUGGAGCACUUUUUCAAGCUGAACCCUAAUGCCGGGGCUGGGGAGAUGCCUAGGCAGCAAGCUCUAGAGACAGUGAAGAACAACAUUGAGUGGGUCAGGAGAAAUAAGGCAGAGAUCAGCUCAUGGCUGGAGAUCAAUGUCACCUACUGAUGACAUCAGGUCAACAUAAGACUAAAGAACCCAUGCCUAAUCCAAAUAAAAGAACCUUCAUGCUGUUUCCAUUCAUUCAUUCAUUCAUUCAUUCAUUCAUUCAUUCAACGACAGUGAAAGUUCACGCUACAGGACUGCCUUUCUAAAUCAAGUGUCAAGUCCCUCUGUACUGGAUAUGCUGCUGUGCUUCUGAUGUGAUUGUAACUCAGUGAGCCACUUUCUCUUUACUCAAGUGGAAUCAACUUAGUACCUUUCCUGCAUUAUCUACAGUAUAUUUGUGUUAAAUUAAGGAAGGACAAAUAAAACAAGUUUAAUGUUUUAGACACACACAUUUUCAUUUCUUAUUAAGUGCUUGUACAGAAUUCGAGAUGUCAUAUCCAAAUAACCAUGAUUACUUUUAAUCUCGUGUCAGGUAUAUUGAUCUAUAUAUACAAAGAUGUAUUUCUAAAUAAUGUUUCAAAUAAUGCAAAGUUUACAAAUGUAUGUACUUAGUAGAAUGUACAACUGUAUAAGAAAUAAAGAAGAGCGUAUAUGCACUUACUGUGAA